AUGGCACCAAAGCCUGCCCCACCUGCACCUGUCAAUAAAAUUCUUUGGGACCCAAACAAUUAUUUGGAUUGGAGUCUUCAAGUGAAAACCAGAUUGACGGAUCAACAACUGUGGGACGUAGUAGAAGGAACCAAUGAACCACCCAAAACAGAAAAUGAUGAAGCUGCUUUUAAGGCUUGGUCCGAAAAGAAUGCCAUGGCUUUACAAGUGAUCCGGUAUUCAUGCAGAUGGCCUUUCAAUUCGGCGAUUGGGAAGAUUACUUCGGCCAAAAUUGCUUGGGAUACUUUGGCAGCAAUAUGCGCACUCUACAAAACUAGUUUCAUAGAUUUAAACAUGGUAUCAAUGUCUACCCCAACUGCAGCUGGUUUUAAACGUCUUGAGGACAUAGACAAUUAUAUGGAUUGGAGUAUUCAAGUGAAAACCAAAUUGACAGAUCGACAGCUCUGGGACAUUGUGGAAGGAACUGAUGAAAUUCUCAAAGCAGAAACUGAUGAAGCUGCUUCUCAGGCUUGGUCCGAGAAGAAUGCCAUGGCUUUAGGAGUGAUCCGGUAUUCAUGCGGAGGGCGUUUAUGUUGGGCGAUUGAGAUGAUUACUUCGGCCAAAAUUGCUUGGCAUACUUUGGCUGCAAUUUGCAAACUCCCCAUAAGUAGUUACAAAGAUGGUUUUAAAAAUCUUGAGGAUGCGGACAAUUAUUUGGAUUGGAGUCUUCAAGUGAAAACCAAAUUGGCAGAUCAACAGCUCUGGGACAUUGUGGAAGGAAACGAUGAAGCUCCCAAAGCAGAAAAUGAUGAAGCAGCUUUUAAGGCUUGGUCCGGAAAGAAUGCCAUGGCUUUAGGAGUGAUCCGAUAUUCCGACGAAGGCCCCUUAAAGCGGGCGAUUUGGAAGAUUACUUCUGCCAAAAUUGCUUGGGAUACUUUGUCAGAAAUAUGCACACUCACCAAAAGUAGUUUCAUAGUUCCUGAGGAAUAUGAUUAUGUGGCUUGGAGCAUCCGGAUGAAAGCCUAUUUGAAGGCUUGCGAUCUUUGGGACAUCGUUGAAGCAGCCACCCAACCUCCGAAACCCGAAGAUGAUGAAAUUGGCUUUAAUGCUUGGAGCAAGAAGGAUGCCAUAGCUUUCUAUUUGAUCAGGGAAUCGUCCUCUGCAUUUUAUAGCUCUCUGUUUCCUGCUGGAACUGCCCAAAAUGCUUGGGAUAUCUUGGCAAAAUUUUACAAUUCAGAAGGGAGAGAGAACAGUGAACUCCGUAAGUAUGUAUUAUUUAAGCAGUAUCUUCGUGACGGUAAUUGGGCCGCAGCUAAUCAGCUCAUUACUUCCAAUCCGGGGGCAGAGAGUGCAAUAAUUUCAAAUACAAGAAGUACGGCUUUACACAAUGCUAUCAUUGCUGGACAUCUGCAUAUUGUGAAGGAGUUGGUAAACAUGUUACCCACAGACAAAUUAAGAAUGACGGAUAAAGAUGCAUUGGAAAUGGAAACGAGUUUGACGAACUCAUUCCAGUCGUGA